UUCAGCACCAGUAGUCUGUUGCGACGUGCCGAUACAGUCGGACGCGAUAGUCCUUCGGACCAAACGUUCGGGUGCGCCUUUCGGAAGUAAGAAGCUUUUAGUUCCACAUCAUCUACCUUCACAGCCGACGGCGUGGAAAGCUCAGACAGAGUGAAGAAGGGUUGUUCGUUUUGAACUCUAUCAGCGCGUAAGCGAGUGAAAAAAGUGGAUCAAGCUGUGAACGUGUGACUGAAUAUCGGAUUAGAUUGACAUAUCACUACAUAUCGUACAAUAGCUCCAGCGGCACCAUGUUUUGGAUUCUGAGAAGAACCGGUGCAGUCAAUUUUUUCAACUCCAUCAACAAUAACUAUGCGGUUAAGGGAGGAUCUGGUUCCAGCAGCAAUGCAGACAAAAACGGCUCCCGGCCACCGCGGAGGGCUUACGGUCGGCUCAGCGUGGAAUCCGACGAUGUUCAAUCGUUUCGACGUGAGGCCGAGCUUAACGACAAUCUGAUUGAUGUGGAUGGAGAAUUAAGCGAAAGCAACUACAGCAACAUCAACAAUAACAACAAUGUCCUGGUGAAAAAUCAGAACAAAGCUGUUGUUGGGAGCACGGCCACGACGACUACCACCACAACGACGAAGACGACGAUGAUAAAUGGCUGUCCAUCGCAUCUGUUUCCGCACGACAACUGCGAAGAAUACGGUGGAUGCGAUGGUGGAGUCUGCGGUGGCGAUGUAAACCGGAAUCAGUCUAACUGCACCGAAACCGACUCGGACCUGGAGCUGGAUGCCACCAUCAAGGAGCAACGGCUCGAGGAGCAAGCCAUUUCGCGACUGCAAGCGAUGGCCCUGUCCGAUGACGACGAGUACGACGAGUCACUGACCUGCAAUGUAUGUGACCGAGCAUUUCACUGUCACCGGCAGUUGGCAUCCCACCAGCAGAAGAAACGACAUUUCGGAUGCAGCGGCUGCGACAGUCUGUUUCCCUCGCUGAUGCUGCUGGAACACCACAAGGAGGAAUUCGAGCACUGGAGUGACUUCGAGGAUGACGGACGGCUUCCGUGCUGUCGGCGAAACCGGCGGGACGAUGACUACACCGACACGGAAACGGGAACUAGCGAUGCGGAAAGCGAGGACCUGGAGCGGUUGCUGUAAGACAGAGGCACACCCGUCCACGUGGAAUGGAAUGAAAGCGAUGGCGACAGAUGGCGGUUUGCCGCGCCACGGCGGAAUUGAUUGAAUGGUGCGGAAGUUGGUCGCAUUGGGAUGAAAAUAAUCCCAUCGAUGACGAUGGGACCGAGAGUGCAGACACUUCUGGUUUGAAAAUGAAAUUUGCGACAGAUGCGAAUGAUGGGUUCCGGGAAAGCACUUUAUAUCAUGACAAACAAGUUAAUUGAUUAAGGUAAUCGAAAGUGGUUUAUUUAUGGGCGAGAGAUCUUUUGAAUUUGAAUCACUUUUUGCAUUCUAGCAGAAAAGUAAUCGGAUUUUUGAUAUUAUUAUUCAUCAUGUCCCUCCAUGAAGAAAUGAGAAAUGAGAGAACAAUGUUACCAUGAAAGACGAUAUGUAGAAGGACAAAAUCUAGAAAAAGCUUUGGAUA